AUGGCGGAAGUGGAGCAGAAGGAGCAGCGUGCUUUGCGUAAGUUCACCUACCAUGAUGACCUUGGCCAGCUGCUAGGUGUGUCUGAGCCAUUGAUGCAGCUGUACAGCACCCUACACUGGCAGAGGCUGAACUGGAGUCUAUGGGGGAAGCAUCACUCACUGCUGCUGUCUAAGGCCAAGAAGGAGGCUCCCUUCAUGAGAAGCCCAAGGUGGUUAAGGACACACCUGCGGGACAUGGUCAUCCUGCCUGAGAUGGGGGUUGUCUACAAUGGCAAGAUCUUCAACCAGGUUGAAAUCAAACCCAAGAUGAUUGGCCACUACCUGGGUGAGUUCUCCAUCACCUAUAAGCCUAUGAAGCAUGGCAGGCCUGGCACGGAGGCCCCUCACUCCUCAAGCUACAUCCUUCUCAAGUAGCCUGUUUGGCCAAUAAAGGCACAGACUUUUCUAAAAAGAAGAAGAAGAAGAAGAAGAAGAAGAAGAAGAAGAAGAGUGGAGAUAAAGUGAAAGAGAGUGUUCAGUGGGGAACCUCACCCUGUGCCAAGCUUGUAUUUCCGCUGAUCUGAGCCACAGCUGCUAGCUUCUAGAAUGCUACCAAAGGGGGAAAAUUAUGUUGGAACAACAGAUAACAAGCACUUCUAAGGAAUUCUGGCCACCAACAGGGCAGUCCAGGUGGCAGGGGGACAAAAUUAAGAAAUUAUUGAAACUGCGGCGUAUGAUGUGAUGGAGUUGUUCCCUUAUGUCCUCAGCUUCCCCUCUUGGGUUUCACAGGUGCUAACACAAUUAGAGUAACCCACAAGAGGAUGGGGGAUAACAAAGGAGAGUUGAGGGACUUUCCCCAGCAGCAUAGAUGUAUUUAAACAGUUAUUAAGAAAUGGGAUGAAUAAAGCUGAAACAAAUGUCUUAAUGCAGCACUGGCGGAGGUUGCUGCCAGUCCUCCCACAGUGAAAAUCUCUUUUUAAAAAAAUCUGCUCCAUUUACCUUAGUUUGAAGGAAUUGGAAACGCCAGAAGGCAGAUGAUGAUGAGAAAUCUAAGCUUGAAUCACUGGGGGUGAUGGUCCAGCAAAUCA